AUUCCCCGGCGGGCGGGCGGCGACUCGGCGCGGGCGCCCUCCCGGCCAGCGGUGGCGGCCCCUGCGGACGUCCAGGAUCCCCAGCUCAGCGGUGGCAGCGAAAAGCGGAAGGCUUCACUAGGAGGGUCAGAGAUCAUCCUGUGGUUUGCAGAGGGCCCAGCACAUAUUCCCAACAUGAUGCCAUUUACAGAUGAAGCAGACAGGGUGAUGUUUCUACAAUCUAUAUAAUCCUUGGAAAGACAGCUGGGGGAAGAUGAGGAAGAUGGCUACUCUAGGAUGCUGACCUGGGGCCAGGCCUGCACUCCACCUGGAACCAUGAAUGAAGCCCGCAGGGACAGCACAAGCAGUCUGCAGCGCAAGAAGCCACCCUGGUUAAAACUGGACAUUCCAGCUGCAGUGCCCCUGGCUACAGAGGAACCUGGCUUCCUGCAGCCCUUAAGACGCCAGGCUUUCCUGCGGAGUGUGAGCAUGCCAGCUGAAACGGCCCAUGUGCCUUCACCCUACCAUGAGCCCCGGCGGCCUGUGCUGCAGCGGCAGACGUCUAUCACACAGACCAUCCGCAGGGGGACAGCUGAUUGGUUCGGAGUGAGCAAAGACAGUGACAGUACCCAGAAGUGGCAACGCAAAAGCAUCCGUCACUGCAGCCAGCGAUAUGGGAAGCUGAAGCCUCAGGUCAUCCGGGAACUGGACCUACCCAGCCAGGACAAUGUGUCGCUGACCAGUACUGAGACUCCACCUCCACUAUAUGUGGGGCCAUGCCAGCUGGGCAUGCAGAAGAUCAUAGACCCUCUAGCCCGGGGCCGGGCCUUCCGCCAGCCAGAUGAUACUGCUGAUGGCCUGAGUGCUCCACACACUCCUGUCACGCCAGGUGCUGCCUCCCUCUGCUCCUUCUCCAGCUCCCGCUCAGGUUUCAACCGGCUCCCUCGGAGACGAAAGCGCGAAUCUGUGGCCAAGAUGAGCUUCCGGGCAGCCGCAGCACUAGUGAAGGGCCGCUCUGUUAGGGAUGGCACAUUGCGCCGGGCACAGCGCCGAAGCUUUACUCCUGCCAGCUUCCUGGAGGAGGACACAGUGGACUUCCCUGAUGAGCUGGACACAUCUUUCUUUGCCCGGGAAGGUGUCCUCCACGAGGAGCUGUCCACAUACCCGGACGAGGUGUUUGAGUCCCCAUCAGAGGCAGCGCUCAAGGACUGGGAGAAAGCCCCUGAGCAGGCUGACCUCACGGGUGGGGCCCUGGACCGAAGCGAGCUGGAGCGCAGCCACUUGAUGCUGCCCCUGGAGCGCGGCUGGCGGAAGCAAAAGGACGGUGGCACAGUGGCCCCACAGCCCAAAGUGCGGCUUCGACAGGAGGUCGUGAGCCCUGUGGGGCCACGACGGGGCCAGCGCAUUGCUGUUCCUGUGCGGAAGCUCUUUGCCCGUGAGAAGCGGCCAUAUGGGCUGGGUAUGGUGGGGCGCCUCACCAACCGCACCUACCGAAAGCGUAUUGACAGCUACGUCAAGCGCCAGAUCGAAGACAUGGAUGACCACAGGCCUUUCUUCACCUACUGGCUCACCUUCGUGCACUCGCUCGUCACCAUUCUAGCCGUUUGCAUCUAUGGCAUCGCGCCUGUGGGCUUCUCACAGCAUGAGACGGUGGACUCGGUAUUGCGGAACCGGGGCGUUUACGAGAAUGUCAAGUACGUGCAGCAGGAGAACUUCUGGAUCGGCCCCAGCUCGGAGGCCCUCAUUCACCUGGGUGCCAAGUUCUCACCCUGCAUGCGCCAGGAUCCACAGGUGCACAGCUUCAUCAGCGCUGCCCGUGAGCGGGAGAAGCACUCGGCCUGCUGCGUGCGCAAUGACCGGUCGGGCUGUGUGCAGACAUCAGAGGAGGAGUGCUCGUCCACGCUGGCAGUGUGGGUGAAGUGGCCCAGGCAUCCCAGCGCCCCAGACCUUGCUGGUCACAAGAGGGAGUUUGGCUCUGUCUGCCACCAAGACCCCAGGGUGUGUGAUGAGCCCUCCUCUGAGGAUCCCCAUGAGUGGCCAGAAGACAUCACCAAGUGGCCGAUCUGCACCAAAAACAGUGCUGGGAACCACACCAAUCAUCCUCACAUGGACUGUGUCAUAACGGGCCGGCCCUGCUGCAUUGGCACCAAGGGCAGGUGUGAAAUCACCUCCCGGGAGUACUGUGACUUCAUGAGAGGCUACUUCCAUGAGGAGGCCACACUCUGCUCUCAGGUGCACUGCAUGGAUGAUGUGUGUGGUCUCCUGCCUUUCCUCAACCCCGAGGUGCCUGACCAGUUCUACCGUCUGUGGCUGUCCCUCUUCCUGCACGCUGGGAUUCUGCACUGCCUGGUGUCCGUUUGCUUCCAGAUGACUGUCCUGCGUGACCUGGAAAAGCUGGCAGGCUGGCACCGCAUAGCCAUCAUCUAUCUUCUGAGUGGUAUCACUGGCAACCUGGCCAGUGCCAUCUUCCUGCCGUACAGGGCGGAGGUGGGCCCAGCCGGCUCGCAGUUUGGCAUCCUGGCCUGCCUCUUCGUGGAGCUCUUCCAGAGCUGGCAGAUCCUGGCACGGCCCUGGCGUGCCUUCUUCAAGCUGCUGGCUGUGGUGCUCUUCCUCUUCGCCUUUGGGCUGCUACCCUGGAUUGACAACUUUGCCCACAUCUCAGGCUUCAUCAGUGGCCUCUUCCUCUCCUUUGCCUUCCUGCCCUACAUCAGCUUCGGCAAGUUUGACUUGUACCGCAAACGCUGCCAGAUUAUCAUCUUCCAGGCAGUCUUCCUGGGCCUGCUGGCUGGCCUGGUGAUCCUCUUCUACUUCUAUCCCGUCCGCUGUGAGUGGUGCGAGUUCCUCACCUGCAUCCCCUUCACCGACAAGUUCUGUGAGAAGUAUGAGCUGGAUGCUCAGCUCCACUAAGCUGGCUGUGGGCGCUGGUGGCCAUGACCACCCUUAGCCUCACAGGCAUGCAGGACUGCCUCAUCUAUGUGGGGACUCACAUUUUCUGGAUACAGACCUCUUGUGCCUUGUUCAUUUUUGUUGAACCCUUUAUACUGCCAGGCAUUUAUUACACUAAUUUCCAUGAUAACCUUCUAACUAGUCCCUUGACGACCACUUCAUGUGGCCAAUAAAUGGACUGGUAGCGUUUUAGCUGCCACUAACUUAACUGGGGCUGUCUCCUCCUUCCUGAUUUCUGUCUGGGGCAGUGGAGGGAGGCCCUGAAGGCCCUGGCCUCCGACCUACAAUCUCAGAAUAAAUGCAACCACAGACUCUUACCUCUUCCAAGAGGAAAGGCCUGCAGCCGGGUGGGUGGACCUUGCCUCCCUUUCUUGGAGGGGCUGGUAAGCCAGUGCUAGGACAGACCUAGGGAGGUACUGCCACAUCUCCCCACACCCACAGUGGGAAGCACCCCACCUCUGUCUCCUGCAGCUUGUUUCUACCCCACGCUGCCUCCCUUUCCACUGAGCUUAGGGAAGCUGCUGCUCUAGGGAACCCUACGGGUGGAGGCUGGAGGCUCAGGUACGCUCGUGUCAUAUACUAACUGCCAAUGCAGGAUCUGGAAUAUAGGCCCUUGUUUCCUCACAAGCAUAAACAUAAAAUAGCUUCUUAGUGUUUAUUUAUAAAUCCUUGCUGUGGAGAUCAUGGUAACAGGCACAUGAUGUGGCCACAGGACUCAGGUGUGGUCUCUUGGACUUUAAGACUCAACAUGUGCCAGUUCUCUGCCAUAACCUCCCCUCCAUGAUGGGGCAAAUCCACAUUCUCCUACACAGGGUUCUGUAGCUUUCUAACUUCAAAAUAUGAAGCAUACAGCUUUAUUGUGCACACAAGGCCAGGGCCCCAGCCCUGUGACCAGGGUUUUUAAGUCCAGGAAGAGGUCAGGUCAAGUUCACAGAAAAGCAGAAACAGAGGCUCGCCCUGACCUAUUCCUAAAGGACCCAGGAUUCGUGCUGACAGUUCCCACUGGGCACACUGCGGAUGUAGUCACCCCAACAUCCUUUUUAUGAGGAAGAUAAUGUCUGGAGGGAUCCAUCUUGCUGGGAAAAGCUCAACCACUGUGAAUAAAGUUGUCUUUGUCUGAGGUUCA